AUGGCUGAAUUGAGUGCACUAGUCAUCAAACGUAAGGUGAUAAAGACCAAUGUUACUAGGAUAAAGAAUUUGUUAUCAUGUGAGAUGUCACAUGCGGAAUUAGAAUGCAGGUUAAGCUUAAUCGAAGCUUAUUUCAAACAGUUGUUAGCAAUACAAUCGGAUAUUGAAGCGUUGAACGACAAAGAUAACGCUCGUGCAGAAAUAGAAGAACUUUGCAUUUUAGCGAAAGCAAAGGCUAUUGAACUUUUAGGUGACGACUUUAAUCGAAGUCGUGGAGAGUUAGCGUUACACAUUCCAAGCAGAAGCUCGAACAAUUUACCAAAACUCAAAUUGCCAAAAUUUACAGGAAAAUACGCAGAGUAUCAAAACUUUAUAUCAUCUUUCAAGCAAUUAGUUAACGAAGACAAGUCACUCUCAAACAUAGAAAAGUUUAACCACUUGAUUCAAUGUCUUGAAGGACAAGCACUUGAUACCAUUCGUUCUUUUCAGGUUACGACAGAAAAUUACGAAAAGGCUCUGAACAGAUUAAAAGAACGGUAUGAUAAUAAAACUUUAAUAUUUAUGGAACAUAUUAUAGAUCUAUAUAGUUUGCCAGACGUACGCAAAGCGUCAUCAAUUAUUUUGCGCAGUUUAGUUGAUAGCGCAUCAGCUAUAUUCAGUUCUCUCAAAUCACUUGGAGACGACAAAGACAUAUGUGAUGGAAUGUUGAUUCAUUUAAUAUUGAAUAAGUCCGAUUCUGAAACGCAAAGACAAUGGAAGGAAAAAUUAGAUUUAUCAGUGUUACCUACGUGGAUUGAAUUUUCUCAACAUUUGGAAAGAAGGUGUCAAUUUUUAGAGUCAGUUAGCCCGGAUACAAUAGAGAAUACAAAACCAAAGCAAAAAGGUUACGUUACCCUCCAAAAUAACCGUUCGUCGUUUCAUACACGCAUCCGAGAUAAAAAUUGUGUAUCAUGUAAGAGCGGGGACCAUUGGCUAAGUGGUUGCAAACGAUUUAAUGAAAUGGAUGUGUCGCGAAGAUUUGACACUGUUAAAAAAUUGGGUAUUUGUAUAAACUGUUUAUCAGAAGGACACAUCGUGGCUAAAUGUCCAUCAAAACAUUCCUGCAAAAUAUGCAACAAACUACAUCACACACUUUUACAUCGCUCAGAUAUCUGUAGACAAAACAUGAUGCCUUCAACAUCCAAUAGAGUUGAAUCAGCAUCAAUCAAUGCACAUAUUAAAACUGUAGCACACAAGGUAAUUUUGGCAACAGCAAUUAUUCUGGUAAGGGACUCGGUGGGUGCAUUUAAAGUAGGAAGAGCAUUGUUAGAUUCAUGUUCACAGGUGAACUUAAUGACUGAAUCCUUCGUUAAUAUGCUGAACUUACAGAAGAAAAAGACAUCAGUAGAAGUUGUCGGUGUUGGGUGUAUGUCCUCGAAAUUAAAGUACGAGACUCAAACGACAAUUCGAUCGCGAUUUAAUGAUUCAGAAUUUGAUUUGAACUUUCUCAUUUCAAAUCGCCUGUCUGGGUAUCAGCCUGACUCAGCAUUAGAUAUUCGCUCUUGGCAAUUACCGUCGAAAAUCAAUUUAGCUGACGAGCACUUUCAUAAUUCCCAAUCCAUUGACAUGUUAAUAGGAGCUGAUUGCUUCUUCGAAAUGUUACGCAGUGGGCAAUUAAGGUUGGGCCGUAAUUUACCAAUGUUACAAGAAACAGUUUUAGGUUGGAUAGUGUCAGGACGGUAUAAUUCUUCGAAACAAGUUAUUAAUAAGUCAUAUCAUAUAACCAAAGUGGACACUGAUAUCGAAUCAAUCAAUAAAAACUUAGAGUAUCUGUGGUUAUUACAAGACACAGCCAGUAUACGUAAGAAGUGGAACGAAGAAGAGCAACUAUGUGAAGAUGCAUUUGUAAAAACUACUACUACUUUACCAGAUGGUAGAAUUGAGGUUCAAUUACCGUUUAAAGAAUCGCCUUUAUUACUCGGAGACUCGUACAAUGUAGCAUUAAAGCGUUUUCAUUCGUUGGAAAGACGUUUAUCCCACAAUUGUGAUUUAAAGUAUCAAUAUACCAACUUUAUGAAAGAGUAUGAGCAGUUAAAUCAUAUGACAGAAGUGCAAAACGUAAAUUUGAAACAGCCUCAUUAUUUUAUACCUCACCAUUACGUACUCAAACCAAGUAGCACAACCACGAAAUUACGAGUGGUGUUUGAUGCAUCAUCAAGUACAACGAGUCAAAAAUCAUUAAACGAUAUUCUUCUGACAGGACCAACUAUACAAUCGGAAUUAUAUUUGCAUGUUAUGCGUUUUCGAUUGAAAAGAUUCGCAUUAAGUGGAGAUAUAACAAAAAUGUACAGAAUGAUUCGAAUACAUCCUGACUGUCGUUCGUAUCAGCAAAUUUUAUGGCGAGAGACUGAAGAUAAUCCGAUUCGCGUGUUUCAGUUGAAUACAGUAACCUACGGUUUAUCCGCAUCACCUUUCUUAGCGAUAAGGAGUCUUCAAUAUAUCGCGGAAAAAUGGGAAACCGAAUAUCCAGUGGGUUCACAUGUGCUAAAAAACCAUUUCUACGUGGACGAUAUGUUAACGGGAGCUGAUGACUUCCAUGAACUACAAAUAACAGAAUACGAAGUUACGUCAAUAUUAAAAAAGGCUGGUAUCGAAAUUGCAAAAAUACAGUCAAUCGUUCAUCACCAAUAA